AGAGACAGUGUUUCAUGCAAAAUCAACACUGAGUACUCGACAAACUGUAAGUUACAUGUCACGUGUACUUGUACGUCCAUGAAGCUACAAUAGAUGAUUUUAUAAAGAUUUCCAUUUAUUGUAAUUAACUACCUGCAAUAAGCCUGAUUACUAUAAUCGUACCUCGAGCCGAACCAGAAUCCAGAGAGUUCAGCACUGAAUCGGACAGAAGGAAACACAAAGAUUUUACAUCACUUUAAAAAGCUCAAAUCACAAAAAAACAGACCAAAAAUCAGCAGAGGAAGAAGAACUCGACAGAGUCAAAAACAUGUUGAUAAGAAAGUAUUAUCAUUGGAAUAGAGUGGAAGUGCCAAAAGUAAAAGCAAAUCAUUGUGCAGAAUGGUCUAUUUCAUUAAAUGAUGGUAUUAUUGGAUCAUAAAUAUUGAUGCAGGUAUUGACACAUUCCACCACUGGCAAGAAUACACGCAAAUGUGCAGAUGUCCACAUACUUUUGACCAAAUAGUAUUGUUUACACUUGACAUAGACAUAGACUGUAAUGUCUGUCAGGUAGUUAAUAGAGAAAUUGAGGUUUAAAUGUGACUCAUAUAAACAGUCCAAAACAAGAAUCCAUGUGCAGAAUGUGAAUGAUUACGAUAAAAAUAAAAACUCAUCUGAACAAACAAAACAAGACAAAUUCAAUAUGCUACUUACAGAGAAGCAGAGAUAGAGCUGCUACCUCCAUCCUGACCUGCUGCAGACUGAGAGAGAGACUCAGAGAGAGACAAAGAGACAGAGAGAGAGAGAGAGAGAGACCACUGACAGAGACAUGUGUCCAAUAAACAAAUUCAACAGAAACAUAAAUCAAGAGAGAAGUGAAACCAGCAGGCUGAUUCUUUGGUAAAUAUAUCGGGGGCUUUGGGCUCAUUCAUUAAGAUAGAGACUGACAUUGAACGCAGCAUCUGUGAGUGUGUAGUUUUGCAAAAAUAACUAAGCAAUUAAAGAUCAUCUGAACAGUUUUAAAGUCAUUACAAACAGGUGAAUAAAGAUCCUUUUCAGGUGUCCCUAAAUGAUUCUGCACUAAAUACAGAAAUAUGUAAACGAAUGCUUGUUCCAAUAUCAGUCCCACAGAAAAAAGGAACAUUUUCUAUCUAAAUUAAACCUUUGACUUGUGGUUCUUUCUCUUUUUUCUAUUUUUGUCUGAUAUUGAACAGGCAGUGGUCUUUAUAUUGUUCAUAGUAUUUGUUCAGUGAUUUGUUUUUCUCGUUUCUCUCGCGACAUCUUGUGGUUCCACAUGAGCUGCGCAGCCGGGAAGACAGGCAGCUCUCGCGAUACCCGAGCUGUCCAAAGGUUUACCAAUAUGGCUUCCACUCAACUCAAACAGCGGUUGGAAAAGUUGCUUUUGAUUCCAGAAACCUGCUUUUUUUCUGCGGACAGCCAUGAAGACCAGACCCUGAGGAGGAGGAGGAGGAGGGUGAUGGGGUGAGCAGACAGUUUAAUGUGCUCUGAAGAGGAUGAAGAUGAGGAGGACGAAGCUGAGGGUGAACAAGAGCCAGCUGCUGUUUCUGUCCAAUGACGAAACAUCUGGAAACUUCCAGAAAGAAGGAACGCUGCGAGUGGGCCGACAGGAGAGAGCCGUAGAUGUGUUCUCCUCUGUCUCAGAUCUGACGGAGAGGUUCUGUCGGCUGAGAGGAAACCUGCUGUUCAUCCUGAAGACACAGGGUGGUGAGCUGGAGGAGGUGCUGCUGUUGGAGAGAUGUGAAGUCAUGAAGCUUCCAGACGAUGACAGACGACUGGCUGUCAGCUUCGAGAGCGGCGGCCCUCUUGUCCUCCUGGAGUCCAGCAGCUCUGCAGAUUGUGUUUCCUGGCUCGUCGUCCUGAGAGACGCCAGCACUGAGAUGCUGAGGCGACGCAUCACACAUCUCCGCUCGCUCAUCGACACGCACGGCAUCCGGCACACGCAGCGACACACACACGCUGCUUCGGGCUGCAGCAGGGGAGAAGGAAACCUGCAGGAUGCUGGAGGUGCAGGUGGAGUCGAACCCCCUGCUAAAGUUUCUCCACUGCACCUGAGUGUCGGUGUGGUUACCAUGGCAGCCAGAGUCCAGGUUCAAGUUUGUGUAAUCGACACACACACUCACACAGUCAGGAAGUCCUGCUGCGCUGAGGUAGUGCAGGGACCGGAUGUGUUUCUAACAUCAGUGUGUUUCCGUGGCGACUAUCCUCUCUACCAUCACAGCAGGAUCAAAAUCACCGUGUACCACGAAGAGGAGCCGACAACCCACACCACAAGUUUUCUGGGUUUCACCUCGUUCUCCAUCAGAGAUCUGCUCGGGUCCAAGGAGCCUCACAUCUCCCUGAGCCUCAGGACGAUGGAUGGCGUGAACGAGGUCGGGGAGGUGAAGGUGUCCCGCCUGCAGGUGGAGGGAGAGAGCGAGGAUAAAAGCCCUCCAGAACACAAGUGUCCUGCGCUGUGCGACAGUCUUCACAGCUGUGUCCACGACAAAGAGAACAGUCCAUUGAUGAGAGCAGUGCUGUGUGCCCAGGUGUGCAAGGUGUACAGGUUUCAGACGGAGAAUCAAAGAUGGCUGCUGGUCCGGGAACAGAUGUCAGAGACGGCGCUCUCUUUUUCUUUGCCAAAACAGCUACUGAGCGCGCUCAUACACGAGCACACGAGCAGAGUCCAGGAAGUGAGGGAGCUGGGUGACCUUUCUCCCCACUGGGACGGACUCCGCCACGACGUCGUCGACCACUGUAGCCACCUGAUUGGCUGCUAUCAGGAAACGCUUGCUGAGCUCGACAAGCUCUCAGCCUCGUCCUGUUUCAAGUCGAGCAGCAGUAAAUCAGACAAACACCUUCAGUUUGUUCCAACCAACCUGCACUGUCAGAGGAUGGAGGUCACCGGUCCAGACAGCGCGGGCGUGUGGUACGAGGUCAUGACGUUCGGCGCUCCGGCCGACCACCACCAGUCCUUCAAACAUGGCGGUCUGAAGAGACUGCUGAGCAAACACACCAAGCGCAGAGACAGCUCCGUCUCUUACUCCCGGGACGAGAGCUCCAGAGCGAGGCAGCUGCUGGCCAGCGUGGCCCACCUGCAGCCUCUGGUCUUCGGGCUGGCUGAGGAGCUGCUGUCCGUCUCUCUGGAGCUGAACGCCGCCCGGCUGCAGCAGGUCCUGGACGGCCUGACUCAGCAGACAGAACUAUUUGUUCACGCACUCAAAGACGAGCUGGUGAAAAGCGCCCUGUUGGCGAUCCACAACGAGUGCUCGGCCGACUGCAACAGCAGCCACGUCCACAGCAACGGGUUAAUCUGUGACAUCGCGCCGGCCAAUCUGGAGGGACAGACCUCGCUAUGGCAACUGGAAACUAGCCGGCAGGACGCGGAGUACGACGAUGAAGAAUGGGACAGGACGUGGGCGAAUGUUGCCAUGAGCCUCAACUGCAUCAUCGUCAUGGGCGACCGGCUGCAGGGGCGGGCGGACCGCCCACAGGAACUGACAUCAUCAGAACAGCAGGAAACUACCAGGGACACAAACUCUCAGAACUCCGCGUCCUCCUCCGUCUCCUCUGCGUCCUCCUGGCAGGAGCAGCUGCUCCCCCUGGUGGUCACUCUCAGAGACUGCGUGCGCGAGGCCGUGGGGAAGGCCCGAGCCGCCAUGACCUUCGUGGUCCUGCAGGGGGCGGUGUCCUCGACGGUCUCCCAGGGACCGGCACAGAUCGUCCAGAGACGCCACGCCGUCUUCAGCCAGGCGCUCUCGGCAGUCGUCUGUGGUUUCAUGUUGAAGCUGUUUGGAGGUCUGGAGGAUCCCGAGUUCCUGCAGCAGCUGCACUCUGUCGGAGUCCUGGCUCAGUUUGAAGGCCUGCUCAGCACCUACGGUGACGAGCUGGGGAUGCUGGAGGACAUGGAGGUGGGUGUGGCAGACCUGAGCGGUGUUGCGUUCACUGUCACCAAGGCUAAAACAGAACAACCGGACGACCUGCUGCCAACGCUCAGUGGAGCAUGGGGCAGUUUGGUUGUUGAGGUCCCGUUGCCCCUGGAGACCUUCAGGUCGUUGCCACGGGAACUGAAAGAGGGGCAUUUGAUACAAGUUCAUCCUGUCCUCUUCAACAUUGGAAUUAACCAGCAGCAGAGUCUGGCAGAGAGGUUUGGCGACAGCUCGCUGCAGGAGAGAGUGAACCAACAGAGCUGCGAGCGCCUCAGAGCGUACUGCAGCACGCUGACGGACAGGCUGCCUGACGCGGCUGGCCUCCAGUCACUGUCAGAGCUGCUGUCCUCUCUGGAACGCAGCGUAGAAACCAGGAAGAGGAAGAACGUGGAGGUCCUGUGGGUCGCUGCUACGGUGUGCCGUAAGGUGAACGGCGUGCGUCUGACCAGCUGUAAGAGUGCGAAGGACCGCACAGCGAUGUCGGUGACUCUGGAGCAGUGUGUGCUGCUGAGGGAGCGACACACACUCGGCCAGCAACACUUCAGCACCGCGCUCGACUGCAUGAGGAGGGAUGGUUGCAGGAUGGAGAACGUCCAGAAGAACGUGGGCAGCAGGAAGUUCGCCUUCAGCGGCGUUCAGCUCCUCACUUUCCCUAAACUGUACAGACCUCCAGACGGCAGCUUCGGAUGAACACACUCACAGUUUAUUUUUAGUUUCUGUACAGAAGUUUUUACUCUAAGAUCGUUUUAUCGUUUUAAGUGUGUGUUGUGUUAUAUACGAAUGUAAAUGUCAUUAUUAUGUUCAGAAUGAUCCUCUGUGCUGUUCACUGUGGCUGCAGGUGUUUGAUUUACAAACAUAUUUCUGCAAUAAAUUCAUACUUGAUUUUUUUAAGUCAAAUAUCAAAUUAAUUAAGACAAAUGGUUCAUGAUGUUCACUGAUGCAGGGCUGGAUUAGACCUCUAGGGGGCCCCCUUUGGGUCCCACAGUUUGUCCCAGAAGCCGACAGGCGUUUUUUCAGUUCGUUUGUGAUUAGAAGAAAAAGUUCAGUCAGAUUUAUUCUGUGGUUCCAGCUCAUCCACUGUUGUUCAUAAUCAUUUCUUGAAUAUCUUUGGGUUCUGGACUGUUAGUCAGAUAAAAUGAGACAUUUCAAGACGCUUCUGUGACGUUAAAGAAAUGUCAUCAGAGAAAAGUCUAGAUUUGUCAGUUGAAUUAGUGGUAGACUGAUGAACUGGGUAAAUAUCUGGCAUUAAGGUAAUCAGCCGAUGUCUGCGCUCACGAGACCAAUUAAAUCUGCAGACACGUCAGAGACGAUGAACUUUUAAAAUUUAAAAUUUUUUCUGUGUUCAAGUGAAUAAUACAUUAGUGUUACAUAAAUGAACACUGACAUUGAUUAUGUAUUUUUUAUUCAUGUAAAUUUAUACAUUUUCAUUCUCAGAAAUAAGAAGAUGCUGUUUUUAAGUGUCUUUCAAAGCAGUUUUUUAUCUACUGGUGGAAAUUAAUUGAGUUGACAGGUUUUUAUUUAAGAUCAGUGCACUGUUGACAGAGUGCAGAUCUACUGAAGCACACAGAGAAAAUACAGACAACAACAGUGUUAAAUGUCUGUUUAAAUGUCAGAAUAUAGAGAAAGAUUUCCAUCACAGCAAGAUGACAUUUUCAGAUUUCUUGUGUUUUUUGAUUCUGAGUUCAGACACGCUGUAUUUACAGUUGUAUAACCCUAAAAUGUGAGAUUGCUGCUUUUUAUCAUGGCACACUGAGUUUCUGUGACUUGUGGACUGCUGCUCAGGCAGAAAAUGCCUUUUAGAGACCUUGUAGGAAAGUGUGAAGGACACUUUCCCCUUUUCUGACCUUUUACAGACAAAACUGUUAAUUGAUGAAUCUAGAUAACAACGAACAGAUGAAUCUAUAAUGAAAAUAGUACAAUUUAGAGACACUUUAGUUCAGUAUUUCCAUGUUAUGUUGCUCUCUACUUCUACUCCAUUACAUCUUGGAGACAAAUGUGCAUUUUACUGCACUAC